UUAUCUUUUUCUCUCUCUUUUUAGAAUUUCGGUGAAUUAGAACAUCGUCCUCUGUUAGUUGAUCUAACCAUUGAAGAUCAAUCUAGACUGAAGGUCAUUUAUGGCUCUGCUGAAGGUUUCCAUGCCGUCGAUUUAGAUUCAGCUGAAGUAUACGAUAUUUAUCUUCCUAAGCAUACUCAGGGUGCAAUCAUUCCUCAUUGUAUUGUGGCUCUUCCAAAUUCAAAUGGUAUGCAGUUAUUAUUAUGCUAUGACAACGAAGGUGUUUAUGUCAAUACAGUGGGACGUGUAUCGAAAAAUAUAGUGCUACAGUGGGGUGAAAUGCCUACAUCAGUAGCUUAUAUAGGAACUGGACAAAUUAUGGGCUGGGGCAAUAAAGCAAUUGAGAUCCGUUCUGUUGAGACAGGCCAUUUGGAUGGUGUAUUUAUGCAUAAAAAAGCACAACGUUUGAAAUUUUUAUGCGAACGAAAUGACAAGGUAUUCUUCAGCAGUGCCAAAGGUGCUUCAUCGUGUCAAAUCUACUUCAUGACUCUCAAUAAACCGGGUAUGGCGAACUGGUAACAAAUAUGGUCCAUAGAUCAAACUAUGAAGAAACAACAA